AUUUUUGAUGAACGCUGUGGAUGACCGUGGACCAACGAAGGUUAUAAAAGAGUCAGAACACCACGACGCACAAUAACAGGAGAAAUGUUGAAGCUUGCGGGACUGGUGUCCCUCAUUCUAGGCGUUCAGGCCAGCAGUAUGAAGCGACCAACGACUUUUGCAAUGGACAAAUUGGAAAAAUAUCCACAAUUUUGUAACCCGAUGUCCUUGAUGUCAGCUCCUCAAUGCAUCAAUAUUCCCAAAGUUUUCAGCCCGGAUAUGUUUUGGAACUGCAAGAAAGGUGGUGCUCACCGCGAAUCCAGAAAUCCUUUUGCAAUGCUUGCUAGGAAAGGAAUCAGAGGCUUUAGUGGAAAUUGGAAGAAACGAAGCGAGAAAAUGCCACUAGUUUUUCCAAUGCGCGCAGGUGCAGGUUGCGACCCCAACUGCCUGGCAGAGUGCGUCAUGAAUAGGACUAAUCACCUUGACGGAAACGGCGCAAUAUUGGCCGAUAGGUUGUUGGAAAAUUUCACGAUUGCUAUCCAGAAAUUAAAGCAAGAAGACCAAGAAGUAUGGAAACCAAUUGUUGAGAAGGUUGUCAAAACUUGCACAGAUGAAGUAGCUAAUUCUCCAGAAUUACUUACAACAACAACAACAGCGCUACCAGGACAAACAGAACCAACUGUCGAGCAAAAAGCCUGCAAAAGCGAUAGUCGUAGAGCUCUCACUUGUUUACAGAGAGCUAUGAUUGUGCAAGCUCCCGACUCCCAGAAACUCUACCUGACAGGAAACACUGAAAUUCCUGAAGGUAUGCCGACGUGCGAAAAAAGGUUGGCGCAAUUGCAAGGUUGCGACUACAACUUCAUGUUAUCAGCUGACCAGCUUAAGGAAGUUUUUGGUGCGCCAGGCGGCCCAGGUGGAUUCAAUUUUAACGACAGAUUCAAGAAAAUGAAGCAAAAAUUCAUGGGAAAACUGGGUGAUCUGAAAAAUAAUAGGGGAGGUCGGCGCAAAUCAAUUGACACGUUCACAACAAUUGAUCCUGAGAUAACCUCACCUUAAUUUUAUUGUUUUUUAAUUGUAUUUGAUAAUGGUCACGGGUAAAAAAGCAUGGAUAGGUGAAGGGGGUUGACGCACAUUUCUUGAGAUUAAAUAAACAUAACAAAGAAUUUCACGAUGUUUUAUUAUUAAUUAUAAGCUAUUUAGCAAACUAAUUGGUUGUAAAAUUU